CAUAACCUUAUGAUUAGGAAUGUGCAAUGAUCCGAUCGGAAUAUCUAUUCGGUUCAUAUUAUCUUCAAUAUUCACGAGAUCAAUGACAUGACCGUUCGGUAUGGCUUGAUCUAAAUAUUGGUCUGAUCCAGUAGAGGCAGGAUAGAACAAACCAUUACACAUCCCAACCUAUGCUAGCCAAAUUCAAAGGAGCUAUAAAUAUGGACUAACAAUGACGUGGAAUUUAGAAGCUAGAAGGGUGGAUCGGAGUUCAGUGAAUGAAGGAGCAGUGUUGUAUAGAUCCGUUGCAUGCAAAAUAUAAAAAAGAGUUCAUCAUUUUUGUCUGAGUCGAACGAUUCACAUUUCACAGCAAAUAAUACACCAGCUUCCAUCAGCUUCAAAAUUGACGCCUUUCGUCUUGUACUGAGCAUUUUAGCCCAGUUUUCAAUCUUGAAGUUCUUUCCUCCCUUCCCACUUGGCAAAACUAAGGAUCGUCCACAUGUACGUAACUUCCUGCAUGUAUGGAAUGUCGUUUCUGUCUUCCGAAUUAUAAAAACGCGCCACCAUGGAUGCGUUGCCUUGAUAAACAAGCACCACGUCCUUAGGAUGACGUUCUACGAGCUACUCCUCCUCUUCCCAAUCUCCAUCACCCUUCUCGCCGUCCUAAUCUUUUCCCGAUUUCUCGCCGCCCCUUCAUCUCCCAAAAAGCCGCUUCCGCCGGGUCCAAAACCAUGGCCGAUCGUCGGAAACCUCCCUCACAUAGGGAAAAAACCUCACGUCUCACUCCAAAAAUUCUCCAGCCUCUACGGCCGUGACCUCAUCUCCCUCCGCCUCGGCUCACAACUUCUCAUCGUGGCCUCUUCCCCGGCGGCAGCCGCUGAGAUCUUAAAAAAACACGACCGUCUCCUUUCGGCAAGAUAUGUCCCCAGAGCGUUGCCUUACGACACGGCGGAGCUCGACCGCAAGGCGGUCGCUUGGGCGUCCAACUGCAACGACCAAUGGAAGGCCUUCAAAGCUAUGCUCAGGAACCACAUCGCCUCGGCCAGGGCGAUCGAAUCUCAAGCAGCCGUCAGGGAGAGGAAAGUCUCCGAGAUGGUGGAAUUUCUCGAGGGGAAGUUAGGAGAAUCGGUUUGUAUCGGGGAAGUGGUUUUCGCUGUCAUCUUCGAUUCGAUGUCGAAUCUCAUCUUCUCUCGUGAUUACAUUGGGUUCGAAAGAAACGCGACGGCAAAUCGAGUGAAAUCGCUGAUUCGGAGGUUGAUGGAAUUGGAUGCUUCUCCUAAUCUCGCCGAUUUUUUCCCGGUUCUUAAGAAUUUGGAUCCCCAGGGGCUUAGACGCGAGUCAAUCCGUCGUUGCAAUGAGCUCCACUCUCUUACACAGCCUGUCAUCAAAGAGAGGAGAGAGUGUCAAGAGCGCCCUGGUGCUAAAGACUUUUUGGAUAUUCUCCUGGAAAAUGGACUCGAUGAUGACCAAAUUGACUGGUUGAGUCUGGAACUGUUCUCGGCUGGAACGGACACUAACACGUCUACAAUAGAAUGGGCGAUGGCAGAGCUGAUUCGAAACAAGGGAGCGAUGAACAAACUGCGGGAGGAGCUGAAGAGAGAAUUGUUGCCACCCAUAUCGGGGAAACCGCUGAUUGACGAAUCCACGGUGGCUCGACUUCCUUACUUGAACGCAAUCGUGAAGGAGACGUUGAGGCUACAUCCGCCGGCGGCGCUGUUGGCACCACAUCGAGCUUCAGAGGCGUGCGAGGUGAUGAAUUAUACAAUCCCUAAGGGGGCUCAGAUUGCAGUCAAUUUGUGGGCGAUAGGGAGGGAUUCGAUGGUAUGGGAGGAUGAUCCGGGUAUGUUUAAGCCAGAGAGGUUUAUCGGGUCGAAAGUUGAUUUUAGAGGGCAAGAUUUCGAGUUACUGUCAUUUGGUGCUGGGAGGAGGAUGUGCCCAGGAAUGCCGUUGGCUGCCAGGCAGAUUCCAUUAGUUUUGGCUGCCUUGGUUCAUAUAUUCGAUUGGCGUCUUCCUAACGGAGAAGACCCAAUGAAAUUGGAUAUGAGUGAGAGGUUUGGAUUCACGUUGCAAAAGGAACUUCCUCUUGUUGUUAUUCCUAGUCGGAGUUCAUUUUGAGGCUUUUGAUGUUGCACUCACAGCUAAUAGUUAGUUCAUGUAGUAAGUUGUUACCCGUCAAAAAUAAUGUGUAGGCUCUGAUAAUUUUCAUGAUUAAAAUUCUUGCUAGUUGAUUAACCUCUUAAGGUUCUUCUCUUGAUAUCGCCAUUUACCGUAUGAUAACUCAUAAGUUUAGUAGUGUGUAAAUUUACAAAAUUUGCCAAUUAAUCAACUAACUGGAUUCAC